AGAAGAAGAAGAAGACACAAACUAUGAAUGAAAUGCCAAUUCGUUACUCUCUAGCAGCUCGUUCACGUCUAUGAUGUUCAUCUUUCCGAGAGACCACAAAGGCAACACAGGACGACUCUCGUGACGUCGUGUGUUUUCAUAGAAAUCAGGAAGUGUUGUGCAGGUAGAAUGAGUUCGAUGAGUUCCUGGUAGCGAUAUAUUUGUGUGACAUUUACAGGUGGAUAAAUGGCGGUGUGAUGGUUCAGGCACUCGUGAAGGAAACAUGGAAUUUUGUUUUAUACGUGGCUUCCUUUUCGCCGCCUUGACGUCUUGGGCAUUAGCAGACGAUGGACAGUUGACCUUUGUAUCAGAGCUCUCGUCCAAACCAGCUCAGAAGUUGUCAAAGUAUGGUUGGUACGGCAACGUGAGGCUGCAGAGGUUUCAUAUACCCGAGGAAACUGCCAUCGCUCGCUGGCUGUUUGUUGUCACCAAGGGCCACACCUUCCAAUGUGGACAGCACAAUGUCACCAUCCAUAUUCAAUAUGGUGCCCCUCCAGUUAUAAAUCCAGUAGGGUCGGUGUUUCCCAAUGCAACGCUAUGGAGCCCCUGUCUGUCUCUCAUUCUACCGGUGACAUCACAGAGCUCCACAACCUUUAACCUCUCCAAUCCUGCUCCCGGUGAUUGGUACGUUGGGGCCCACUUACCUGAAGAUGAUGGGCGCAUAGAGCAGAAGGGCUUUCCGUCUUGCUCGUACUUCUUUCAGCCUCAGCUAUCAGUCAGGAGAGCGGUGGACACACCUAUUUUACAGCAGGGCACAUUCCUCCAGCAGACCGCAGCUUCUGACAGACCUGCACGCCUUAAGUUGUAUGUUCCAGAGUUUGCCUCCUCUCUCUCCGUCUCUGUGGCUGACUGUUCAUCAGGUGAGGGAGCAGACAGCAAAAACUGUUCACUGGUCCUCAGGCUCGGCUCUGCCUCUCUGCAGCAGCGCCCAGUAACAGUGAACUGCUCAGGGAUUGGCUGCUCUGCAGCUCUUUACAACCCACCUUGGGAUACCUGGUUACGAGUUGUCGUGGAGAGCAGCCUAGACAACCGUACUGUGACCUUUAGUAUCGUCUCCAACUACACAGUGGGAUGUAAGCCAAAAAGUGUAGGCCUUAAAGUAGAUGAUGACAUCAACCACCUCCAUGGCAACAGCAGCAAUACCAACUCAACAUCAGCAGGCAACAGCUCAGCGCUUGCAGACGCAAUCACCUUUGGCAGUGAAUUAGCGUCACUGUUAACACCGUUGUCGGCGUGUGUGUGGAGCAUCCCUGUGCUCUGCGAGGAGGUGGAUGUCCUGUCGCUCCGAUUCACUCCUGUCAAUGGACCCAAUGUCAGCGUUACAGAUACACACCCCACACUGCUCGCCUACCCCCUGCACACACAAGCCACUGGUGGUACACUGAACCUACAGCUCACACUCAACACUACUAAUGUAACCCUGGCGAACAGCAGCAGUGUGGUGGCCUGUCUCUCUCCCUGGGCUCCAGUCCUCCAACUCAACCACUCUCAACCCUGUCGCACAGCUUUGUUUGCAGGGUACGGUGUCCAUGUGAAUGCCAGUGUUCCUAAAGCUGUGGUCAGACUGCCUUUUCCCCAGUCAACAACAUGGUACCUCACCCUACAGCUUACUUGCAACAGCAGUGACUGUGGUAAUACAUCAUUGGUGUCUGUGGUCCCAGAGGUGUUCAUCAGUGCCUGCGUAGAGGACUGUGGGACAUACGGUGAAUGUAGACUGUUGAGAUCCUACAGCUACCUGUACGCCGCCUGUGUCUGCAAGGCUGGCUGGGGUGGUUGGGGCUGCACUGAUGAUUCGACAGCUCAGUCGUUCUGUCGCCAGUUGACGGCAACUCUGCUGCUCACGCUCAGUAACCUGUCCUUCCUGCCUGCCAUCGUGGUGGCCAUCAAACGCUGCUACAUCACUGAGGCCUCUGUUUACCUCUUCACAAUGUUCUUCUCCACGUUCUACCAUGCAUGUGACCAGCCAGGUGUAGCCGUACUGUGCAUAAUGGACUACGAUACCCUACAAUACUGUGACUUCCUGGGUUCAAUCUGUUCCAUCUGGGUCACCAUCUUGUGCAUGGCUCGCAUCAGCGACCCAUUCAAAUAUACUCUGUUUAUGCUCGGGGCUCUGCUGAUAGCCAUGUCAAUGCAGCUGGACCGCAAAGGCCUGUGGAACCUACUGGGCCCCGUCCUCUGUGCCAUACUGUUGAUGGUCACUGCCUGGGUGUACCGAGGUGUGCGGCGACGACAUUGUUACCCGCCUUCUUGGAAACGCUGGGUCCUCUUCCUAAUCCCGGGGGCGAUAUGUGCCAUAACCGGGGUAUGUUUGUACAUUUUUGCCGAGACCGAGGUCAACUACUACUACACGCACUCGCUGUGGCACAUCCUGGUGGCCAGCUGCGUGGUGUUCCUGCUGCCGCCGAAAGAGAAGAACAGGGAGGCGUUGGGCUGGAGUCGGGGCGUGAGCUGGGACUGGAGCUGGAGACCACGGGUCUGUGGGUACACACUCUGUCAGAGCGGCAAGGAUGAACUCUACACUGUCACAUAGUAGGACAGGAGAUGUUGUAAGGAAGUAAAGUGACAUGGCAUUGAUUGUGAAACAGCACUGCAAACAUUAAAUUGAGAUAUAAAGACACACACAAACGCAGGGUAUAUGCUCAUUUUGACAAAAUCUUACAAAAUCUUUAAAGGUCCCGUGACAUGGUGCUCUUUGGAUGCUUUUAUAUAGACCUUUGUGGUCCCCUAAUACU